AUGCAUCGAAUUUCAGGAUAUUUCAGUGAAAAGCACAAAAUCCGCAUGGAUUCAAAGUUGGGGAAGUUCAAGCCAAAACUGCAGCGUCUAAAUGCGGUGAAAGAUAUAGACUACGAGCUUCCUUCAACUUCCUCAUAUUCAGAUGACUCUUCAGCUCUCCGAACUCAAUCACUUGGUGAUUUAUCGCCGUUCGGUGAUAAGAAGAGCUUCAGAGUGCAAGGGAACGAAGGAGAAUUUGAAAUUAUUCUUAAGAGUUUGGGGCUCUCGGGAAUUGAAGAUUUCUCGAUUCCGGCCGCUGCGUGGGAGGCCAUGAAAUUUCGAUCUUCUUCGGAUGUUCUUCCUAGAUCUCGAGGUCUCCGAUUCGAUAGCCCUAAAGAAGUUGAUGAACAAGAAGCUAGUGAAUUAUCUGGUAAAUCCGAAAAUAAUGCUAGGGUUAGGGUUAAUGACGUAAUUGAGAGGCGAAUUGAUUCUGUCGAAUCUUACGAGUGUUGUAGUACUGCUGGUGUUGGUGACGAAGAAGAAGAAAUUCGUGAGUUGUCUGAUAAAUUACAAGACAGUAUUACCGUAAGUGAAACUAUGGUUAAGCCCUCGAGUUGUGUUGGUGGUGGAAGAGGAGGAAUUAAGGGAGUUCGGCCGCCGGUUCUGGCUCCACCGCCGUCAAUUUCUAUGCCGGUUACCAAUACUGCGUGUUCGACUUGGGAUAUUUUGAGGUCAUUUGCGCCGGAUUGGGAUGGAAGUUCGGGUUUACAGAUUCCUGGAGAAGGGUUUUGUUCUGAUGAGGAUGAGGAGGAAGGUGAUGAAACGAGUGGUAAGAGGGAGGCGGAGGGUAAUUGUGUGAGGUUAAGAGGGAAUGGCGUUCUUUCAGAGUCUUGUUCAUUUACCACGAGUUCAAAUGAUGAUGAUUCCUCGAGUAGUACCACGGAGCCUAUGUCAAAUAUUUCACCAAAUGGGAGGUUUAGACGCAUUAUCACGUAUUGGGAGAAGGGUGAGCUUCUGGGACGUGGGUCUUUCGGAUCAGUCUAUGAAGGAAUUGCUGAGUAA